GCGGCGGCGGCGGCGGAGGCGCCCGGUCCCGGCCGCGCGGAGCGGACAUGUGCAGGCUGGGCUAGGAGCCGCCGCCUCCCCCCCGCCCAGCGAUGUAUUCAGCGCCCUCCGCCUGCUCUUGCCUGUGUUUACACUUCCUGCUGCUCUGCUUCCAGGUACAGGUGCUGGCGGCCGAGGAGAACGUGGACUUCCGCAUCCACGUGGAGAACCAGACGCGGGCUCGGGACGAUGUGAGCCGUAAGCAGCUGCGGUUGUACCAGCUUUACAGCCGGACCAGUGGGAAACAUAUCCAGGUCCUGGGCCGCAGGAUCAGUGCCCGUGGCGAGGAUGGGGACAAGUAUGCUCAGCUCCUAGUGGAGACAGACACCUUCGGUAGUCAAGUCCGGAUCAAGGGCAAGGAGACGGAGUUCUACCUGUGUAUGAACCGCAAAGGCAAGCUCGUGGGGAAGCCUGAUGGCACCAGCAAGGAGUGUGUGUUCAUUGAGAAGGUUCUGGAGAACAACUAUACAGCCUUGAUGUCAGCCAAGUACUCUGGCUGGUACGUGGGUUUCACCAAGAAGGGGAGGCCCCGCAAGGGCCCCAAGACCCGGGAGAACCAGCAAGAUGUGCACUUCAUGAAGCGUUAUCCCAAGGGGCAGGCAGAGCUGCAGAAGCCCUUCAAGUACACGACAGUGACCAAGCGGUCCCGGCGCAUCCGCCCCACGCACCCUGGCUAGACACCCCAUGUGGCCGCUGCAGGCCCUUUUGGCCACUCUCACACUCCCAGAGAACUGCAUCAGAGGAAUAUUUUUACAUGAAAAAUAAGGAAGAAGCUCUAUUUUUGUACAUUGUGUUUAAAAGAAGACAAAAACUGAACCAAAACUCCUGGUGGGGGGGUGAAAAGAAUUUUAUUGUUGACUUGAAACCCCCAAUGACAAAAGACUCACUAAGGGACCCUUGUCAGCCCAUAGGUGCUUGCCUCUCUCUAGGAGAAGACAGCUCCAAACUUGUCCCCAGAGGAGGACUUGAAUGAAGAAACCAACACUCGAGAAACCAAAGUCCUUUUUCCCAAAGGUUGUGAAAGCAAAAGAAAGAAAAAAAAACAAAAAAGAAAAAGAGAAAGUAGUACCCUCUACCCAAACGACCCCCCACCCCAGCUUUCCUAAUUCUCUGUCCUUGCCCCAAAUUCCAACAAAAAUCGCUCUCUGGUUUGCAGUCAUUUAUUUAUUGUCUGCUGCAAGCUGUCCCGAGACACCGCGCAGGGAAGGCGUGCCCCUGGGAAUUCUCCGCGCCUCGACCUUCUGACGACAGACGGCCUCGUCCAAUCAUGGUGACCCUGCAUUGCUCGCAGUUCUGGAGGAUGCUGCUAUGGACCUUCCGUGACUCAUGUGACCUAGUACACCAAUGAUAAGGGAAUAUUUUAAAACCAGCUAUAUUAUAUAUAUUAUAUAUAUAUAUAUAUAAGCUAUUUAUUUCACCUCUCUGUAUAUUGCAGUUUCAUGAACCAAGUAUUACUGCCUCAACAAUUAAAACCAACCAACAAAUUAUUUAAAAAAGAA